AAUAGAACAAUGUUUUUGCCUCAAAUACUUCGAGCAACUCGUUCCCAUUUCCCUACACUAAGAAAGUUUUCGGUACGUUCUGCUUCUUCAGUCACAAACAUUCCUUAUGUAGAAGCCAAUAUAAAAAAGGAUCAAGAAUUGUCAAAAACAAUUUCUAAUGAAAUUACAAAAAUUACAACUUUAUCUAAUGGUGUACGUGUAACGUCUGAAAAUACUCCAGGUCAUUUUUCAGCUGUUGGAGUGUAUAUUGAUGUAGGAUCUAGAUAUGAAACACCACAAACCCUUGGUUUAAGUCAUAUGUUAGAUCGAUUAGCUUUCAAGAGUACAAAAACUCAUUCAAUUGAACAAAUUAACUCAAUACUGGAAUCUCUUGGAGGCAAUAUAAUGUGUGCUAGUAGUCGUGAAGCUGUUAUGUAUCAAUCUGCUAUUUUCUCACAAGAUCUCUCUAAGGUUAUAGCUCUUUUUUCGGAUGUUAUUCGAAACCCUUGUAUUACCCUGAAAGAGGUGGAGGAACAAAAACAAACAACACUUUAUGAAAUUCAGGAAAUAUGGCAAAAGCCAGAAAUGAUACUACCAGAACUUCUUCAUACAGUAGCUUUCAAAAAUAAUACACUAGGGAAUCCAAUGUUAUGUCCAGAGGAUAGACUUAUGAUGAUGACACCACAAUUGAUUAAAGAAUAUAUUUCAACGUGGUACCGCCCAGAGCGAAUGGUUUUAGCAGUUGCUGGAGCUCAACAUGAAGAAAUUGUUGAACUGGCUAUGAAACAUUUUGGUGAUAUACCUAGGUCACCAGAACUUAAUGCACAUACCAUAUUACCCUUUACAACACCAAAACAAAUACAAACAAAAUCAUCAUUAUAUAAAACAAUAACAACAGCGGCUUCUUCGCUUUUUAACGCAAAUUCAUCAUCAAUUUUUACAGCAAAUCAGAAGGCACAUUAUACAGGUGGUUCACUUUUCCUAGAUCAAUCAAUUCCGCAUACACAUGUUUAUGUUGCAUUUGAAGGGCUUUCAAUUCAUGAUCCAGAUAUUUAUGGACUUGCAAUACUUCAAAUGCUUCUUGGAGGAGGAGGAUCAUUUUCAGCUGGUGGACCUGGCAAGGGAAUGUAUAGUCGCCUAUUUACAAACGUGCUUAAUCAGUAUAAUUGGAUGGAAUCUUGUAUGUGCUUUAACCACUGUUAUACAGAUUCUGGACUUUUUGGCAUAUCGGCAUCAUGUCGUCCUGAAUAUAAUCAUCAUAUUUUGGAUGUUAUAGCGCAACAACUUAAUUCAGUAACAAGAUUUGAUCAUGGAGGUGUUACACAAUCGGAACUUUUACGAGCAAAAAAUCAAUUAAAAAGUAGUUUACUGAUGAACUUAGAAUCAAGGAUGGUACAAUUAGAAGAUUUGGGAAGACAGGUUCAGGUGCAUGGUUAUAAAAUAUCUGCAGAAGAAAUGUGUAAAAAAAUUGAUAAAGUUACAUUAGAAGAUCUCGUAAGAAUAGCAAGUAAAGUUAUUGGAGGUCAGAUACGUAAUGAAGGUAACGGCACAGGUGAAGUAACAAUAGUAGCUCAAGGUGAGCUAAAUGGACUAAAAGACAUGCAAACAGUAUGUGAGCAAUAUGGACUAGGUAAAACUAAAAAUUCAAAAAAAUUCAAAAUGGUUGCAUAGUGGUUACAUUAAUUAUAAUGUAAAUUAAAAAAAUCCAACUUUUGUACUUUAAAAUACGUAAAAUAUCUAUAAUAGCAUUAUUGAACCAGUUUGAUAAUACUUUAAAAAUUAUUCUCUAAGAUUGAUUAUAUGUUACACCGAUCUGUAUGACAUUUUGAUUUUACGUAUAACAAAUUCAUUAUAACUAAUUUUAGAAAUAUACAGAUCAAACAUGAAAAAUGCCCGACAUGUUACACUGAUUUAACUUCCGCUCGUGUAACAACAAAAACCACUGAAUCUAGUCAAAGAUUCAUAAUUCUAGCCAGAAGUCGAUUAGAAUUAGGCUUAAUUAUUUAAUUAUUUAGAAAUAUGGUAAAAAAGAAAGAAAGAGAAGAAAAGAUCAUAAUAUAGUGUAAUUUUAACCAGUUACUAUAAAGCCUUUGUAAUAAAGUUUGAUAAUAACUUCCAAGUAU